UGGUGAUGAUGAUGAUGAUGGUGAUGAUGGUGAUGAUGGUGAUGAUGGUGAUGGUGAUGGUGGUGAUGAUGAUGAUCAUGAUGAUGAUGAUGAUGAUGGUGGUGAUGGUGAUGGUGAUGGUGGUGAUGAUGAUGAUGAUGAUGGUGGUGGUGAUGAUGGUGGUGAUGAUGGUGAUGAUGGUGGUGGUGGUGGUGAUGAUGAUGAUGAUGAUGAUGAUGAUGAUGAUGGUGAUGAUGGUGAUGGUGAUGAUGAUGAUGGUGGUGGUGAUGGUGAUGAUGAUGAUGGUGAUGAUGGUGGUGGUGGUGAUGAUGGUGGUGAUAAUGGUGAUGAUGGUGAUGAUGAUGAUGAUGGUGAUGAUGGUGAUGAUGAUGAUGGUGAUGAUGAUGAUGAUGGUGAUGAUGAUGAUGGUGGUUGUGGUGGUUUUGGUGGUGAUGAUGGUGGUUGUGGUGGUGAUGAUGAUGGUGAUAAUGAAGAUGGCAUUAGUGUAUGAUAAUUAAAGUUAAGAUUACUUUCAUGUUUUCCAGUGCAAGUGUUAUCAAGAAGAAUCAGCUCUGUCGACCACACAGCGCCGACUCCUCACGUACUAGAUGUAGAAAUUAGACGAGGUGUGCUCUGUUCCACAAGAUAACAUGUCUGUUUAAUUAAUUUAAAUUUAAACAACAAGAAGCCUAACGUUUCAGUAUUUCUCAGGUUUAGGUGAUGGUUUCUUUCCAGAUUUAAUCGAAGAAGCCUUGGUGUUGGAUAAAGUUGAUAGCGGGUAAGUGUUCACAUGUUUUAGUUUAAUAUUUGUUACUGUAGCUGUAAUAGUGUAUGUCAGCACUUGUAGUGCCGUGUUCACCACGCUUGCUUUUCAAGAUGAGAGACCUGCAUGGGUUCAGUCCUUGUUCAGACCUCUACUCAAGGUCUUAAUAUAAUUGACCAUUUGCGUAAUAGACUAAAUUUUGGUCUAAACAAGUCUAGACAAAAAUUUCAUCACAGCUUGAAAGAGCAUCACAAAAUUAGUAAUAUUCCAUGCAAAGUUUCGUUGCGAAAUGUUGUAAAAUGCGGAUAAUAUAGCCUUGCGAAGUUUGCAAUUUUCAGCCAUUUUAGAUUACAAACGGGAAAUUGACAGCCCCAAAGGGUAUUGGGCUGUUAAUUUCACGUUGUAAUGCAAAAUGACUGAAAAUUGCGAACUUCGCAAGGUUAUAUUAUCCGCAUUUUACAACAUUUCGCAACGAAAGUUCGGAAUAUUACUAAUUUUGUGAUGCUCUUUCAAGCUGUGAUGAAAUUUUUGUCUAGAUCAAAAUUUAGUCUAUUACGCAAGUGGUCAAUCGAGGAGAAACUGCUCUCUUUACACUGACAUCAGUAAAUGGUUAGACAUUCGCGUCUUCUUGGAUAACGAAGCUAAGAUCGUAUGUACCUCGGAUCCCCUAUCAAUUGGACAUAAUAGCCUGUUGAGAAAUCCGCUCAUAAAUGAGGGGGGAAAUCAAUAAACUCAAACCAUUGAACUAUAAGUAAACUGGAAGGCUAACUGCUAUGAUGAAGGCUUAUGAUUUGCUGAAGCCAAAAUAGUUUUGCUGAGUUUUGAGCAGAAAUACUUGAUCUCAAACGUUGGGCUAUAUUCAAACUCAAGCUAUGCUAUUCGGUGUGUAAACAUUUCAAGACUUCAGCGAAAAUAAAAAUAUUUUAAAAAUACAAUAAAACAACUGCCGUUCGACCAAAAAAUGGCAAAUUAUCGGCAAUUAUUUUUGUAGUUUUUAAAUAUUUCCCUUUUAGCUAAAGUCUUGAAAUUUCUAAACCAAAUAGCGUUUUUCAACAGCUUCAGUUUGAUAUACAGCACAACGUUUGAGAUCAAGUAUUUCUGUUCAAAACUCAGAAAAACUAAACUGCACUGGCUUCAAUCCCCCUCCCCCCCCUGUGUUAGCCUUCCAGUGUACUUAUACUUCAAUGUCAUCUUAUCUUUUAGACGUCGCCAGCCAAAGAUCAACUGGCGUCGCCGAGAUCGUCAGAAACAGCAUUCAGAACAUCUCUUACUGAAUUCUGCUAUGAAGCAGGUAAAAACUGUAACAUUUGUACACGGCUAAAAACGCACAGGUUGUUGCAAGUUGAUAUCGACAGGCGUGAACAAUGUUGUGCGGCCAACUAUGAACAAGUUGUCAACCAUGUUGUUCCAAGUUGUUACAGUCGAACAAUGCUGUAACAACAUGUCAACAAUACUGUUCAUAGUGGACCGCACAACCUUGUUCACGCCUGUUGAUAUCGACCUUGAACAAGUUGUUGAUUUUCUCAAUUUUUACGCGUCUACUGGAUAGCUUUUGCAGGGCUUUCAAAAUAAGCCGGCGGCCCGCCUGACGGUUACUUUGUUUAUUACUUGCUCUCCUCCAUUCUAAAGCCCCGGGCAAACUAGGAAACAUUGUUGCGGAAACAUUGUUUCCUGCCAAUGUUUCGCCAUGUUUCCCAGAGUGGGCAAACACUAGGAAACAUUAGUGAGAAACAUAGGGAAACAUAAAAUGUUUCUGAAUUCGCUAGGAAACAUCUUUGCUUCUCGGGAUUCGGGAAGCAAAUGUUGUUUCCGCAACAAUGUUUCCAAGGGUGGGCAAACAGGGAAACAUUUGAAGAAACAUCGAGAAUCACAAAUGUUUCCACAACAAUGUUUCCUAGUUUGCCCAGGGCUUGCCCAGGGGUUAUUUUUCCUCAACCUGGUCUACUUUAUAGCCUGGUUAUUUUCCAAAACCACGUACUAUUUCGUAAAACUGAUUUAGUUAUUUGCCAUCGUAAAUCUUGAAGUUAUGUUGUUGAAGAAUGAAGGUAGUGACACAUUAUAAUCUGGUCAUUUUAAAAAAUAGCACCCCCCCUGCACCCCUUCUCGCCAGGGCUAGGGGGUGCUUACCCUCCCCCCACACACACACAAAGUAAAUCCAUCCCUGACAUUAAGGCUCCCUAGACCACCCAACAGCCGCCUACUUUAUCACCAAAGUCGCCGUCCCAGAAUAAUUCUGAAAGAAAGCCCUGUUCUAACUUGUCGUAAUGCUACUGACGCUAAAUGAUGCUUUAUUUUGGGGUUUUUAAAAGGACGGGAAAAAGAUGCGAGAUAAACUUGCUGUCACGAUCAAGGUAUUGCUCAAAUUAUUAUACAAAUUUCCUGAAUAUAUUUCGUUUUUGAUUUUCAGUAUAUUCGAUCUGCCUACAAUGCUGUCAGAGUAAGCUUGUGUUUUUAUUUUUAUUUUUAUUUUUAAUAGAAAUAUAUACAAGAAAACAAGAGCACGAGACCAAAAUCUCAACUUGGUGAUAUGAGUUUGAAUUCAUCAGAUGCACAUAUUACUUUUAUCCAGCAGUUGCUGACUGAAUGCAAAGCAAAGGUAGGUUUCCUCUUGUAGUAACCCUGUAUCAAUAAGAGAUGAUCCUUACUGGACCUCUAGGAAGAACAGUUUAGAACUGAUAGAGCUAUUCAGUAUAAAUAAAGUUAGUUUAGUUUAGGUUUCCUCCUGUAGUAACACUGGAUCAAUAAGAGAUGAUCCUUACUGGACCUCUAGGAAGAACAGUUUAGAACUGAUAGAGGUAUUCAGUAUAAAUAAAACUAGUUUAGUUUAGGUUUCCUCCUGUAGUAACACUGGAUCAAUAAGAGAUGAACCUUUCUGGACCUCUAGGAAGAACAGUUUAGAACUGAUAGAGAUAUCCAGUAUAAAUAAAGUUAGUUUAGUUUAGGUUUCCUCCUGUAGUAACACUGGAUCAAUAAGAGAUGAUCCUUACUGGACCUCUAGGAAGAAUAGUUCAGAACUGAUAGAGCUAUCCAGUAUAAAUAAAGUUAAUUUAGUUUAGGUUUCCUCCUGUAGUAACAAUGGAUCAAUAAGAGAUGAUCCUUACUGGACCUCUAGGCAGAACAGUUUUGAACUAAUAGAGCUAUCCAGUAUAAAUAAAGUUAGUUUAGUUUAGGUUUCCUCCUGUAGUAACACUGGAUCAAUAACAGACGAUCCUUACUGGACCUCUAGGAAGAACAGUUUAGAACUGAUAGAACUAUCCAGUAUAAAUAAAGUAUAACUAUAAUGCUCACUCGACUUCUCGCUACUUAGACAAAGAGAAUGUUGGUGUUAAAGAUGGGUCAAGAGGCGAAAGAUCUUGGACAUAAUGAUGUUAAAGGCGUGGAGGAGAACUCAUUGAUCGCAAGUUUAUGCGAUCUUUUAGACAGAAUCUGGGGGCAUGGAUUGAACAUACGAAAGGUGAAUAAAACCUAAGGUUUAAUUGUUAAUAACCUGCCGUGGUUUACCUAAAUCAGGUGUCUCGAACGAACGAACGAACGAAGGAAGGUUAGUUGUGUCUAUUAACUUCUAAAUGUUUUAGGCCAAGUGUCCACUGUGGUUUCAUUUGUUGUCGUACUAUGAUAGCUGUGAUGGAGACACUAUGGAACUUACUGAAGACAGCUUUAGUUCACCAUGUGAGUUUGAGUUCUUAUCAUAGGCUGGCUAGGCUAAACUAACAGUAGCUAUUUAUACUGGAUAGUCCUAUAGUUCUUCCUUGAGGUCCUGAUCAGUUCUUAUUGUCCCAGUGUUACUUCAGGAAGAAACCUAAAUUAAACUAACUUUAUUUAUAUACUGGAUAGCUCUAUCAGUCCUAAACUGUUCUUCCUAGAGGUCCAGUAAGAAUCAUCUCUUAUUGAUCCAGUGUUACUACAGGAGGAAACCUAAACUAAACUAACUUUAUUUAUACUGGAUAGUUCUAUCAGUUCUAAAAUGUUCUUCCUAGAGGUCCAGUAAGAAUCAUCUCCUAUUGAUCCAGUAUUACUACAGGAGAAAACCUAAACUAAACUAACUUUAUUUAUACUGGAUAGUUCUAUCAGUUCUAAAAUGUUCUUCCUAGAGAUCCAGUAAGAAUCAUCUCCUAUUGAUCCAGUAUUACUACAGGAGGAAACCUAAACUAAACUAACUUUAUUUAUACUGGAUAGCUCUAUCAGUCCUAAACUGUUCUUCCUAGAGGUCCAGUAAGAAUCAUCUCUUAUUGAUCCAGUGUUACUACAGGAGGAAACCUAAACUAAACUAACUUUAUUUAUACUGGAUAGCUCUAUCAGUUUUAAACUGUUCUCCCUAGAGGUCCAGUAAGAGUCCUCUCUUAUUGAUCCAGUGUUACUACAGGAGGAAACCUAAACUAAACUAACUUUGUUCAUACUGGAUAGCUCUAUGAGUUCUAAACUGUUCUUCCUAGAGGUCAAGUGAGAAUAAUCCUUUAUGAUUCGCAUUAUGUAUUCUUCAGGUCAAAGAAGUGCUGAAUCGUCUCCUGUAAUGCCACGAAGACCGCAUAUGCGUCGCAGUACCUCCCCGGAACCAACUCGGAUACGUACGGAAAGUCCCGCUGGUCGCCGGGUUUCUAUGGGAACAAAGGCUCUAAUGGCUGACGUAAGGUAAGAUGCAUUUCCUUUAUCUAAAUUUUGUUUCCCUAUUUUUUAUGUCAUGUUUGCGUAGUUUAAAAUUCACUAUAUGAAAACUAAUAAUCUUUUAAUCCGAAUAACCAAAAAUAACAAACUCGUAUUAUUAUUCUAAUUUAAUUCCAAAUAAAUUAAAUCUAAUUCUAAUUUAAAUCUAACAUAAUUUAAUUAUCCACUAAACGUUCUUCUAUUAACUAGUUGGAACUAAAAAAAUAAUGAAACAAGACUAAAUAAUUAAGUAACGUUUUAUUAACACUAAUAAGAAAUUGUAACAAUGGGCGCAUCUACCGUGGGGGGGGGGGGGUAUGCGCACCCCACCUAGUGGUGUCUACUACUCUCCUAGAGAAGUCCAACACCACCCUAAGAAAAUCUGCUUGACCAUACAUUUUCUGCUCUUCGAAUAGCGAUUAGCGGAACUUCUACUAUUGAUUUGUGAGCUCACGAGAAAAUACUCAGAAUGCUUUAGUAAAAUAUCAUGGUUAAAUAUGUAAACAUGUCGAGGUUGUUAUACAGCCAUAUUUUCAAAUAUACUGUACUUUAACAAGCAAUUUUACUGUACUGUGUUACAGCAACUGUCCAGUCACGCAUAUGUGAUAAAAAGCCGAUAUAAAUUUUAUAAACAAAAGAUAAUGUAAUGUAUGUUGGGAUAGUAACGUUGCAGACUGCAGAGGAGAGUGGGCAGUAAGGCUCCCUCAUGCACCACCCCAUGGAAAACCUGCACCCCUCCUUGCAGACGAAGCUAGAUCUACCUCUGAUAAAAGCAAACAAGUACACACUGUAGUAGAAGCCCAGUCGCAGAGAUGGAUGAAACAUAAGCGCUACAUUAAGCAUCCUAAGUUCUCUAAUGUAUUUUUAGUCGUCAAAGGAGUUUUUCUCCAAAUCCAAUAAACCGCGUUCAGCGAUGUGAAAGACAUCGUCGAAGCACUUCGCCUUCUCUACCAGUUUUUAAGUUGUCAGAGUUAAACACGCAGACAAGCUCUUUUGGUAUUCCUGAAAUAAACAUUACUCCACCUGUAAUUGAUGUCCAGAAAGCUCGCUUGCUAAUCGCUAUCAGGUAUCUUAAAAUUUAAAAUAAUUAAAUUGAUUAAAGAUUAAAUCAGUAUCGUUAAAUUCAUCGACAUAUAUCAUUAAAUAAACUAAAUAAUUUGAAUAUAUCUUGAUAUCAUUUUGUCUAUUUUUGCAAUUAACAAAUUUGAUAGAUCUGUUACUAAAUAAAUAAACUGAUAAUUUUGUUUUAACUUAUAUAAAUUAACAAGUAAAAUCGUAAUUGUUAAAAGUCAAUAAAAACUAUAUUAAUCGCAAUUUUUAAAUAUAUUUUCCCAACUUAUUAAUAAUUCAUAAGGCAAAUACAUUGUGAAGCAUUGUAUAUUGGUAUAUUUAUAUCCAUCAUUAGCUUAACGUAAUAUCAUCAUUGUUUUGUACAGAAGCGUGAAAAACCUAUCUGAAAUCAAGACAGACACUGGUUGUCUGCGAGCAUUUGUAAGGUAUAUAUAUCUUCAUGAAUAGAUGAUUCGAGGCUAUCGACUAAUUUUUUAUCGAGACAAGAAAGACGAAAUUUAUCAUUAGUGUCUUUUAAUAGUUCAACAUAAAGCCUCCUCCAUUAUUUGUUAUUGAAUAUUUUAGGCUCGCGCUUGAAAAGAAAGCGUUGUCCAAACAUUUGAAAACGUUAUUGAAUGAUAAAGAUAUUUUAAGGUUAGUAUUGUUUAUCGUAUACAGUGUACAUGGUAUAGAAUACUGGUGGUACAUUGGUUAUAAUGCAUGCGCCUGUCAUAUGAUUCAAUUUAAAUUCCUGCCAUAGACAACAUGGUCUGAUUAUAAUUUCAACUCAAUCACAUGCAAGAAGAGUGCUUCCAGUUUGACUCUACCAAAUACACCCUUUUCAUAAAUGGCUGCCGAUUAAAAAUUCUUUUAUGUGCAUAUAAAUUGGCCCAACUAGCCUCGUACUCAUGUUAAGAUUUCAAAGGAAUUUCUACCCAGAAACGAGGCUAGUUGGGCCAAUUUAUAUGCACAUAAAAUAAUUUUUAAUCGGCAGCCAUUUAUGAAAAGGGUGUAUACCUUAAGUUUUCUUCGGGUAGUCCGCUUGCUCCUGUAAUUAACAUUUGUCCAAUGCUCCUUUAAUACUGGAAUUCCAGGGCGAACAGUUUAGCACUGAUGUCCUUUACUAUAGACCUCUGGGGAGAACUGUUCUGAACUAGACAAAUGAAAGUUGACCUUACUGGAACUCUAGGAAGAACAAUUUAGAACUGAUAGAUCUAUCCAGUAUAAAUAAAGUUAGUUUAGUUUAGGUUUCCUCAUGUAGUAACGCUGGAUCAAUAAGAGAUGAUCCUUACUGGAACUCUAGGAAGAACAGUUUAGAACAGAUAGAGCUAUCCAGUAUAUGAAUAAAGUUAGUUUAGUUUAGGUUUCCUCCUGUAGUAAUACUGGAUCAAUAAGAGAUGAUCCUUACUGGACCUCUAGGAAGAACAGUUUAGAAAUGAUAGAGCUAUCCAGUAUAAAUAAAGUUAGUUUGGUUUAGGUUUCCUCCUGUAGUAACACUGGAUCAAUAAGAGAUGAUCCUUACUGGACCUCUAGGAAGAACAGUUUAGAACUGAUAGAGCUAUUCAGUAUAAAUAAAGUUAGUUUAGUUUAGGUUUCCUCCUGUAGUAACACUGGAUCAAUAAGAGAUGAUCCUUACUGGACCUCUAGGAAGAAUAGUUUAGAACUGAUAGAUCUAUCCAGUAUAAAUAAAGUUUAGUUUAGUUUAGGUUUCCUCCUGUAGUAGACACUGGAUCAAUAAGAGAUGAUCCUUACUGGAUCUCUAGGAAGAACAGUUUAGAACUGAUAGAGCUAUCCAGUAUAAAUAAAGUCAGUUUAGUUAAGUUUUUCUCCUGUAGUAACACUGGAUCGAUAAGAGAUGAUCCUUACUGGAUCUCCAGGAAGAACAGUUUAGAACUGAUAGAACUAUCCAGUAUAAAUAAAGUUAGUCUAUAUUUUAAUAGACAUUAAACUUACUUUGUUUUGUUUCUUUUGCAGGAAGUACUACAAGAAUUAUGCGUUUGUCCGUACCGAAGAAGAAAGAGAACAAUUCUUGUAUUAUUUGUUAUCAUUGAACGCGGUUGAUUAUUUCUGCUUCACAAACUGUUUUACAACGCUGGGUAAGAUUAUUUAAACAAUAAAGUACUAUAGUAUAAGCGAACUUUAUUUCUCUGCUAGAUACCUCUGACGCUGUGAGAAUAUGACCAUCUGUUUAUAUGUACAAUACAUAAUAAGGUUAUUACAAGCUGUUAACAGCUUGUUCCAAACUUGUUGACAACUUGGGACAAGCAGUGCGAACAUAACUUGUUGAUGGCUUGUUGGCAGACUUGCUACAAGAUGUGAGAUUUUUGCAUGUGUAUACACAAGUUUGCAACAGGCUUGUAACGAGCUUGUCAACAAGUUGUGACAAUGCUGUUAUUUUAUCGAGUUGCUACAAGGUUGUCACUCACAACUUGUGGACAAAUUGUUGAAUUGUAGAACGAUAACAAGUUGUUGGAACAACUUGUAACAAGUCUGUCGAGAUCAACAACCUUGUAACAAGUUUGUUGAGCUCAACAACCUUGUAACAAGUUGUCAACAAGCUGGGAACAAGCAGUGCGAACACAUCCUGUUGACAAGUUGUUGGAACAACAUUACUACAAGUCUGCUGCAGGUUUGUUACAACUUGUGCGUUUUUACGUGCGUAUAACAUCUGCCGUGUUUGUUAGAGUCAAACUGAGAGGCGAACGACGCAUGCGCUAAUCAUUGUUUGCGCCUAAUAUUUUCAACUUCCUCUUUGCAUUGCUUCUGUGUUUCAGCGAUCACGUAUAAGGUUGUCAUAGUAACAGGGAAGCAGUUGGGAGGCAGCACGACGACAGCUAACGUUUGGAUGAUACUGGCGGGAGAGAUUAAAGACACUGGGAUUAUUGAUGUGCCCAAGGGCGACUGUGAAUUUCGCUUUCAAGUAAGCUCUAAACUAACUUUAUUUAUACUGGGUAGUUCUAUCAGUUCUAAACUGUUCUUCCUAGAGGUCCAGUAAGGAUCAUCUCUUAUUGAUCCAGUGUUACUACAGGAGGAAACCUAAACUAAACUAACUUUAUUUAUCUGGGUAGCUCUAUCAGUUCUAAACUGUUCUUCCUAGAGGUCCAGUCAGGAUCAGCUCUUAUUGAUUCAGUGUUACUACAGGAGGAAACCUAAACUAAACUAACUUUAUUUAUACUGGAUAGCUCUAUCAGUUCUAAACUGUUCUUCCUAGAGGUCCAGUAAGGAUCAUCUCUUAUCGAUCCAGUAUUACUGCAGGAGGAAACUUAAACUAAACUAACUUUAUUUAUACAUGAUAGCUCUAUCAGUUCUAUCAGUUACACUGAUUUUAUUUUAGCACCCGAAUGUAGGAAAAUUGACGACAUUGCGGAUAGGACAUGAUAGUUCUGGCUACGCCCCAGGAUGGUUUGUUGAACAAGUUUUGGUUAGAAAUGAAAUCACUGGACACUUAUAUCGGUAAUAUAUGCGUUGCUUUUCCCUUACUUUAUUUCGUUUUGCUGAAAUGCGUUUGCUCGGCUGGAAGUAAACAUCACCCUAGAAUAUCGUGGUUAACUCUUGGUAAUGCUGCACUGGAAUCCUUGCAGUACAUUUCAAUGUCUUGCUUGAGUUUGUCACUUGAAAUUCUCGAAGACUGUAUUACGUAUUUUAAGUUUACGUACAGUUAAAACGCUUUGUAGAUUCCCAUGUGGUCGAUGGUUAGCGAAAAGCAAUGAUGAUGGUAGCACAGAGCGAUUGCUCGUGGCUGAACUACAGGAGAAACAAACGAAUAAUAACGAAGGUUUGCGAAUAAUCUUUUUGCAAUGUUGACCAAGCUUGUGUUGUAUCAUGAAAGCAGUCUAUAUAGUUACCAAAGGAACUUAUAUUUAUUUUUUUUAAGAGUCUGGAAAUUCGACGUCAUCUUCGCCUCAAAGACGAUCUCCUGUCAUGCCUAGGAAAACUCCAGAAAGUGAGAUUAAACGCUACCACCUUAAAAAAAUCUGCUUGACCAUACAUUUUCUGCUUUUCGAAUAGCGAUUAGCGGAACUUCUACUGUUAGCGCGUGUCGAUUUCUUGAAACGAUUUAAUUGAUUUGUGAGCUCACGAGAAAAUACUCAGAAUGCUUUAGUUAAAUAUCAUGGUUGAAUAUGUAAACAUGUCGAGGUUGUUAUACAGCCAUAUGUUCAAAUAUACUGUACUUUAACAAGCAAAUUUACUGUACUGUGCUACAGAAACUGUCCAGUCACGCAUACGUGAUAAAAAGCAGAUAUAAACUUUAUAAACAAAAGAUAAUGUAAAACGUAACAGAACGGCGAACAUGCAGAUUCGGCCAUCUCAAAUAAUGGUAAUGUUGGGAUAGUAGCGUUGCAGACUGCAGAGGAGAGUGGGCAGUAAGGCUCCCUCAUGCGCCACCCCAUGGAAAACCUGCACCCCUCCUUGCAGAUGAGGCUAGAUCCGCUCUUGACUUAAUCUAAUGCGUUAGUCUAAUAUACCGAAUGCUUUUAGUUACAAAUGUGUUUUUUGAAAUAUUUAGAAAGCACAAUUCCUGUCGUUCAAGAAAAUGUCGCUAAUGCUGUCAACAACAUCGUGAAAUAUUUUUGCAGACCUGAAUCUUCAGGCGAGGUAAGGCGAAGGUUUUCGCGUAGAGUUCAUGAGAUUGUAUAGUUUUGUUGCAUGUAUGAGAUAUAUUUCCAAGACCGGUUGCUCGAAAAUCUGUCAGCUGAAGGUGGUUCCCUACAGUUGUGAAGAAAGAGCAGCGAAAAAUAAGGUCUUCGCAAAAAAUGUUUGCUAUUUAUUUAUUUUGCCAUUAGACACCAAACUUUUUUUGGUUAAUGUACCAAGUAUAUGCUAGUGUCCAAGUUACAGUAGCAUUAGGAGCAAUGCAAACAAUAUAUUAAAAAAAAAAUUUUCAGAUGAACAUUACAACUGAUUCAAAACAAAAAUUAUUGACGUAUGUGAUGUCAUGCGAUGACUUAGUUAUAGUUGAGCUAUUUUCUAGCUUUAUUUCAAAAUGUUUCCGCCUUAGAGACGCCUUAAACUUGGGGAUACCCCUUAAUUACUAUAAUAUAUAUAUUCUUUUGUCUAUAGGCUACUACAUAUAUUAUAUAUGCUUGUGAUGUUACUCUGAGUGUAUGUCCACACCAGGCAAGCUUGAAAAAUAUGCCUGACCACGGUGGGAAUCGAACCUACGACCUUUGGAAUACUAGCCCAAUGCUCUUCCAACUGAGCUACGCGGUCAGGUCGGUUCGAGUAUGUGAUAUUUCGGAACUGAGUCUAGUUCUUUCGAUAUCGAUGUAAUCUAGUAAUCAUGAUUUUUGUGUUGGUGUAAUGUACUCAGGUGAAUAUGAUGUUUGUGUUGUUACUCUGAGUGUAUAUCCACACCGGGCAAGCUUGAAAAAUAUGCCUGGCCACGGUGGGUAUUUUUCAAGCUUGCCCGGUGUGGACAUACACUCAGUGAGAGUAACAACACAAGCACCAUAUUCACCUGAGUACAUUACACCAACACAAAAAUCAUAUUAUAUAUACUUUUAAGAAACUUUAAUAUGAACUACACAGUAGGCAUAACAUUUGUUCUUGUUAUGAUAAGAUAGACAGUGCUCUUAACAGCACUUCUACUUAAUACUUUAGCAAUGCCUGUACAGCUCAUGCCAAUAAAGUUGUUAAUAAUAAUGCUACUUCUGCUGAACUAAAAUAGUUUCAUUCUAUUUUUUCCAUAAUGAAAUAAGCUAUCAAAAAUACAUGAUUUUUCCUAUCGAGCCACCUAAUAACCUACCUUAAAACCUAGCUAAAAACUACCUUAAAAAAGCCUACCUUAAAACUCUCGGUUGCCAACUCUUAUCGAAUAUUUUCAUCCUAAAUAUAAAACAUCUCUUUCUUUUUACAGAGAGGUUACUUGACCUACUUGCUUUGUGGGGAAAAUGGUCUCUGUGAUUCACUAGAUCAGGUAUGCCUGGACUAUAUUAAUGCUUCCAACUCGUGUAUUUCCAUUGAUAUUUUACGUACAAAGCUAGCAGACUGCGCCAAUAUAGGAGAAAUUACGUAUUUUAUUUGUAUAUUGUUUUGAUAGGUCUUUCAAUGUGGUUUCAAGUCCUCACGACUUUUUCAAAAGAACUUUUUUAUCUGGGAUUUUAUUGGUAAAUGUUUCUUGUUUGUAUGCCCGAUAAGGAGAAAUGUUUCUCUUAGUAAAUUCUGCUGAUCCAACGAUUAAAAAGACAAAAAAAUUUACCCAACUUCAACUAUCAAUUGAAAAAUAAAUACCCACCCCUGGCCAAAAACUUUACAAAAGAAUACCAUUCAGUUGUCACACAUGUCCUUUACCACUUCUGUGACACGAGUUUGAUAACUGCUUGUGCAAUUUUCUGCAGUCUAAAGUUUCAUGUUGUCUGCACAUGUACUUUCUUUGGAGACACCAUUUGCCUCCUCUGGUUGAUUGAUUAAAAUUGUAUUGACAUAUGACUGUUGACAUUGCUUUUUAGUCUUCAAUAUUUGAGUGAGUCAUGCUUUGGAAAUGACAAUAAAUUUUUAUUACCCAACCCUUGAGUUGUUUUGUUUUUCAUUUACCCAACCUUUUACUCACUCAAAAUUUUGUUAACCCAACCCUUUUCUCUUCGAUAAUGAGUAAAUCCCACAUUCACGAAUAUAUAUCAGCACAUACACAACUCAUUUGAAUAAGGUCUCUCGCGCGUGUUCUUUACUAAAAUAAAUACUUAAAUUAUUAUAGAAAAAGUGUAUUUGUAUCUUAAUUCGGAAGAGGGAUCGUUCAUUCUCACAGACCAGCGUCGGGCUAAAUUAUCAUUUUGUUCUGUCGUUCAAAAGAUCAAUGACGCUUCACAAACGGUCGGUAAAGAUGGCAAGGUAUAUCUACUUUUGAUAAGAUCUACAGUAUUUUAAGUCCUGCGCGGAUAACACUAACAUCUUAACGUUAUGUAAUAUUUAAACCUCCAAUUUAAAUCCACAAUUGCAUUAUUCCUUGCGAGAUUCCGUUUUGUCCAAGAUUGUAGCUUAGUUAUUUUUAUAUUCUUUGUAAAUUUGCUAGAAACUUAUUUUUAUAUUUACUUCAUAUUUUAGUUCCAAACUUUCAUAUGUCUUGGUGCGAGGUGA